CUGGAAACAGCGGAGCGGCCUCGGAAAAAGUGCCGAAUUCGGGUUAUAAACACACCAAGUGUGGGUGGAGAAAGUGUCCACAAGUGCACAAGCAACCGCACGGUGAUAAAAAACACGGGGGUUUGCGGGAAAGCACGGUCCCUAUAGCGCUGUGAGCCGCUGAAGUCGGCGGUGGCCAGGCGGAGUGAGGCGGGAGGAGAUGGAGCCCUCAGCGGGCAAAGGGAGAGCGCAGGGCCGCCUGCUGGUGUCCACCAGUCUGGACGCUAAAGACGAAUUAGAAGAGAGGUUGGAACGAUGUGUAGCGAUCACCACAUCCAUCACUAACGGCCUGUCCGAGCGAGAAGCCAACGAUGCCCUCACUGCCCACGUGUGUAAAGGUCCUCCGCAGCAUGAGGAAGUGUGCCUCGGACUGUUCGCGCUGCUGCUCACCGAACCUCCACAAGCACAGCGGUGCUACAGAGACCUGACACUAGUCAACCGAGACGGCAUGAAUGUCAUUCUGGUCAAGAUCAACCAGAUCCUCAUGGAGAAGUUCCUCAAGAUCCAGGACGUGUGUCGCACGCAGUUGGUGUGGUCGGUUCGAGAGUUGGUGAAAAGUGGGGUCAUAGGAGCCGACGGAGUCCUCAUGACGCUCAUGAAGCAGAUCGCAGGAGGCGACAUCUCUAGUAAGAACCUCUGGCUGGCUGAAAAUGUCCUGGACAUUCUAGUGGAUCAAAGGGAGUGGGUGUUGAAGAGUGGGAUGCUGGUGGCCAUGUCUGUGUACACGUACCUGAGGCUCAUCGUGGACCACGGGCAGACGAACCUCCUCCCGCUCCGGCAGAGAGAAGUGGACUUCUGCGUGGGCCUGCUGCGAGAAAGGUUCAUGGAGUGUUUUAUCAUCGGGAGAGAUCUGAUCAGACUGUUACAGAAUGUGGCUCGGAUUCCUGAGAUGGAUCUUCUGUGGAAAGACCUGCUGCACAACCCUCAGAGCCUCAGUCCACAGUAUACAGGUCUGUUGCAGCUCCUCACCUCGCGUACAUCCCGUAAAUUCCUGGCCUGCCGCCUCACCCCUGAUAUGGAGACCAAACUACUGUUCAUGACCUCAAGGGUUCGUUUCGGGCAGCAGAAGCGCUAUCAGGACUGGUUCCAGAGGCAGUAUCUGUCCACGGCCGAGAGUCAGUCGCUACGCUGCGAUCUGAUACGCUACAUCUGCGGCGUGGUGCACCCCUCCAACGAGGUCCUGAGUUCGGACAUCCUGCCGCGCUGGGCCAUCAUCGGCUGGCUGCUCACCACAUGCACGUCAAACGUGGCGGCAUCCAAUGCCAAGCUGGCACUCUUCUACGACUGGCUGUUCUUCAAUCCAGAGAAGGACAGCAUCAUGAACAUCGAGCCGGCCAUUCUGGUGAUGCAUCACUCGAUGAAGCCGCAUCCGGCCAUCACCGCCACGCUGCUGGAUUUCAUGUGCCGAAUAAUCCCUCAUUUUUAUCCCCCCCUGGAGGGUCAAGUGCGCCAGGGCGUCUUCAACUCGCUCAACUUCAUUAUGGAGAAGAGAGUUCUGGCUCACUUGGCGCCGUUGUUCGACAACCCCAAACUGGACCGGGAGUUGCGCUCCAUGCUGAGAGAACGUUUCCCCGAGUUCUGCAACUCGCCCUCUCCGCCCACAGAAGUGAAAAUGGAGGAGUCCGUGGCCCUGGAGAUGGACAAUCACGUCCUGGAUAAGGAGGACGGCUGCUACGACCACGCGGACGCUACAUUUAGCGACGACGAGGAGGAGCUGAACAAUAAGGGUAAGAAACGCGAGUUCAGGUUCCAGCACAUCAAGGAGACGUACGUAGACGAGCCGACCGACAUCACGCCCUACGUGGACCAGCUGGACGAGACGCUGAAGGAGAAGGUGUUGCAGUUACAGAAGGGCAGUGAUACGGAGACGCAUUGUGAGAUCAUGCAGGAAAUAGUGGACCUGAUUCUGGAGGAGGACUUCGAGUCGGAGCAGAUGUCCACUCUGGCCUCCUGCCUGGCCGAACUGUUCAAAAGCCAUUUCAGAGGAGACGUUCUGCCUGAGGAAAUCACUGAAGAGUCGUUGGAGGAGUCCGUGUGUAAGCCAGUGUGCCUGAUCUUCAGGAACCUGUGUCAGAUGCAGGAGGACAACAGUGGCUUCUCAGUGCUGCUGGACAUGCUGGCCGAGCUCUACCAGAAACAGCCCAAAAUCGGCUACCACCUUCUCUACUACCUCAAGGCCAGCAAAGCGGCGGCGGGUAAAAUGAGUCUGUACGAGUCGUUCGCUCAGGCGACGGCGCUGGGCGACCUGCACACCUGCCUCAUGAUGGACAUGAAGGCCUGCCAGGAGGACGACGUGAGGCUGCUGUGCUACCUCACACCGUCCAUCUACACCGAGUUCCCAGAUGAGACGCUGCGCAGUGGGGAACUUCUGAAUAUGAUAGUGGCGGUCAUCGACUCCACACAGCUGCAAGAACUGAUGUGUCAUGUGAUGAUGGGUAACCUGGUCAUGUUCCGCAAAGACUCCGUGCUCAACAUUCUCAUUCAGUCCCUGGACUGGGAGACGUUCGAGCAGUAUUGCACGUGGCAGCUCUUCUUGGCACACAGUAUCCCACUGGAGACCAUCAUACCCAUCCUACAGCACCUCAAAUACAAAGAACACCCGGAAGCUUUAUCCUGCCUGCUUCUGCAGCUACGUAGGGAGAGUCCCACUGAGGAGAUGGUGAAGAUGGUGCUGAGCCGGCCCUGUCACACCGAGGAUCAGUUCACCACCAGCAUCCUGCGUCACUGGGCUGCCAAACACGAUGACCAGCUCGCCGAGCACAUCAAAGCCCUGCUCAUCAAGAAUAACAACAUGCCUCGUAAACGCCAGAGUUUGAGGAGCUCCAGCAGCAAGUUGGCUCAGCUGACCCUGGAACAAAUGCUGGAACAUCUGGACUGUCUGAGACUGAGCCUCAGUAACACCAAGAACAACUUCUUCACCCAGACGCCCAUCCUGCAGGCCCUGCAGCACGUCCAGGCUAGCUGCGACGAAGCCCAUAAAAUGAGGCAAGCAGCGUCUCGGUUCAGCGAUCUCUUCUCCUUGGCGGAGGAUUAUGAGGACUCCACCAAGCCUCCCAAGUCGCGGCGUAAAGCUCCGGCGACCUCGCCGCGCUCGCGGAAGGGUGCGGCUCCGCCAGCCAACAACGAGGAAGACAGCGGCUCCACCAGUGCCUCGGAGGAAGAGGACUCCAAACCCAAAGCACCCAAAAGGAAACGGAAAGGCUCGUCCGCAGUGGGCUCGGACAGUGACUGAAAGGACACCUUCAUCUCCGCAUCCCCCGCCUCCACCAGCUGUGUGGCCACGCCCGUGCCAGUGUGGCGUCACUGGCGUCAGUCAGUCAUCCGCUCAGAACACUCAUCAACGAGAAGCACUGUCUCUCCGGGACUCGUCGGCUAGACCCGGCACGCGCGCCCUUCACUCCCUCGGCUCGGACGCGAUUGGCUGAUCGGGCUGCUGGGUGUGGCUCUGACUGGCACGGACUGACGGCCUCAGAUGAAAACAUGCAGGAGUGGCACCGUACUGUCGCUGUACCCUAAUGAACUUCUGCUCUCGGAGGACAGAUUUUAUUGAACGACGAUAAGCAAAGAUUUAAUUCGUCCCGCGUAAAUCCCUACUCGUCCCGAUCGGACCGCGCGGCCCGUCGGAUGUGGAACCGGGGGGGGUUUUACUCCUCCUGGAUGAAUUUUUACCAUGUUUGCACUGCACGGGUGCAGAAAUUUGACUGUAUAAAUGGAAGACUUCUGACGCGUUGACAGACUUUUUAAGAAAAAUGCUUUCUACUGACCUAUUUUCAUAAAAAGAUCAUAACUAUGUAAAAGGAUUAUGAUAUUAAUAAAAAGCC